CUUCGUAGGUGAGAUGUGACUCGAAGAAUCCCUUACUUAAUUCCUCUUGUGUUAGAUGUGGAGUUUGAAUUAGUUCUUUCUUUUGCAGAUUCAGUUGAGGUUUCUCCUGAAGGAUCUUUACCGGAGCACAUCGGGCGGUGAUGGCUCCACAACAGCCAAAGAGUGGACUCUUUGUGGGCCUGAACAAAGGCCAUAUUGUGACCAAGAAGGAAUUAGCUCCACGCCCAUCUAGUAGAAAAGGAAAAACCAGUAAAAGAGUACACUUUGUAAGGAACCUGAUAAGGGAAGUUGCUGGUUUUGCACCUUAUGAAAAGAGAAUUACUGAGCUUCUCAAAGUUGGGAAAGACAAGCGAGCUUUAAAAGUGGCAAAGAGAAAGCUUGGCACUCACAAGAGAGCAAAGAAGAAGCGUGAGGAGAUGUCCAAUGUUCUCCGCAAGAUGAGGUCUGCUGGAGUAGGGGACAAGAAAAAGUGAGGCUAUUCAUUUUUGUGCCUGCAACUCUCUUAGUCUCUUGAAAAGAAGAACAGUAGGUGGAGAUGUUUGCUUAGCAUGGGUUUAAGUAUUUGUAUUGGAGAAUGAAAUUUUGACCUGAGUCAUUUUGUUUUAGUUUGAGACGGAAAACAAUGGGCUCCCAAUUUUAAGUUUUGUUUCAAGAAUCAGAAAUUGCAUGCUUCACUAGUAAGUUGGUAGCUAAAUCAGUUUGUGAUUAUCUACACUGCUCAUACAUUAAGCACUUCACC